AUGCCAACCAACUCACAAGUUCAAAUCCUGGUCCUUGCAGAGUCUCAGAUGGGGCUGGAUGGAGAAUAUAAAUUGGCCUGGACUUUCCAGCUAAAUCGCACGGCCUUGCACUUUGCUGUUGCAAACGCAAGUGAAGAUGCUGUCACCUUCCUUCUCAAACACAAUGCCAGGGUGGACAUUAAAGAUAAGCAUGGAAUGGAUGCUCUCCUUCUGGCUGCUUGGUUUGGAAACCUGAAUAUUCUGAAAAUGUUGGUUGAAAAAGGCUCAGAUCGAAAAUCCACUAAUCAGGAAGGAAUGAACAUGCUGCACUGCGCUGCACAAAAUAAUCACUCUUUAAUUGUGGAAUACAUCAUUAAGGAUCUGCAGCUGGAUUUGAAUAAGCCCAUUGAGCAAGGUAAGAAACCAUAUCACUUGGCUGUUGAAAAUGGGCAUGUCGAAAUGGAAAUGCUGUUGAGGGAAUUUGCAUGUAGCACACAGGAGAAGGACAAGGAAGGUAACACAGCACUGCACCUCGCUGCGAGGAAUGGUCACUCCACGAUGGUUGAGGUCCUUCUGAGUGACUGGAAGCAAGUGGAUGAGAAGAAUGAGGAGGGCCAGACUGCAUUCUACCUUGCUGUCUUAGGAGGACAUCAGGAAUGUGUCCAAAUGCUGCUUGACUCAGGCAGUGACAUCAACACAUUGGCAAAGACCAACAUGAUUGCUUUGCACAGAGCAGCAGAGAGGAACGAUAUUUAUAUGGCUUCACUGCUCAUUGAGGCCGGAACUGAAGUGAAUGGCCUAAACAAUCAAAUGGAAACUGCCCUGCAUUUUGCUGUCAGAUGCGGACACCUUUCGAUGGUACAGCUCCUCAUAGAAUCUAAUUGUGAUGUUAAUGUCUUAGACUUGAGAAACCAGAACCCAUUGCACUUGGCAGCUGAAGCUGAGAGAGCCGAUUUGUUGGAGCUUCUCCUGAUAGCAAACACCGAUCUAAAGCAAACAGACAAGCAAGGUAAAACUCCACUGGGAGUCGCAGCCAGAGGCAACCACAUCAUUAUUGUGGAUAUGAUUAUUAAAGCAGAAAGAUAUUUUGCCUGGAAAGAGACGCAUCAAGAUAACACUGUAGUCCCAGUCGCAAGUUACCCAUUAAGCUUCAAACCAGACCGUACCACACAGACAAACCAGCUGCGCACAGCCAUGUGGAACUUAGCAAACCACCACCUGAAACCGAAGGACUGGAAGAAACUUGCGUUCCACUGGAAUUUCACUGAAGAGCAAAUUAAAGCAAUUGGGGAGCAGUGGACGGGAACGAAAAGCUACAAGGAACAUGGUCACAGGACAUUGCUGAUCUGGCUCCAUGGAAUUCUAUUAACUGGCACAAACCCAGUCAAAGGCCUGUAUGAGGCCCUGAUCAGUAUUGAACAGAAGCAAUUAGCUGAUAAGAUCAGAAAAGAAAUCAACGGAGCAGAAACAUCACAGAGAUGUAUAGUUUCCUGAAGUUUACAGAAUUCAUAGCCUCAGUCAGAUGUUCAUCAGAUUCAGAAAAAGAUUGAAGAAAUGCUGUGAGUGCCGCAGUCAAGAUACCAGAGAUCCUCAUACCCAACCCUGAAGGUGAACUGAAUGCAACAAUUCACGCGCAUUAAUUACUCUAGCUGUUUAACUGUAGGGAAUGACGGCACUUUGCAUCUGAUGAAAGCUUAGGAACAGAGUUUAAAAUUUCUGCAGUUUUUCGAUAAAUGCCUCCCAUAGGCAUUCAUGAAUUUUCACUAGUAUUGUUACUAUAUCGAAAGUAGGAAAUCCUGAAAAAAAAGAGAAUGUACAUUUUAAAAUAGGGCUCCAUUCAAUGUCUUAUAACAAUAACCUAAAUGUGAGAGUAAACUACUGAAGUGGGUUUUGAAAGACUGAGAAUUGAUGGUUAGAACAAGCCAUGAAGAGGUUGUGGGUGAUGCGCAAAUUUCAUUACACAUCACCCACAUAGGCUAUGCUGGUUUAUACUCAAGCUAAAGGUAUACAAAUUGUGGACACCACAGUCAAAUCUAGUCAUAAGCCAGUAUAAGUGCCAUAAAAUCCCAACCCACCUAAUAACUGAGAGACAGCUGCUACAUUCAUUGAACGUAAGCAGGUAGCUUCUUGUGUGCUUCCUGCAGAUUCAUCAUGGAGUCAAAUCCUGAGUCUCAUCAUGGCAAGAUCAAAUCUAAUGGGAAAGUGCAUCAUCAAAUUUACAUUCAACAAUUUAGUAAUCCCCAUUCUCUUCCCUUCAGUAAAGAUUUAAUAAGACCAUCUGGAAUAGAUAAUCAGCAUUUUUUUUGUGGUUGCAAUUUCAAAAUCUCUGAAAUUGACAUUUCGUACUAGUAACAUUUGAAGUGAUAUUACCAGCGUUUGAAAUGCCAUCCGCUCCAGUCUGCUUGGCUGGGAUUUAAAAUUCUUUCAAGCCCCUUGAAUAAAAAUGUCACACCGUGCUGCAGCUACUUGUCAGAGGAAGCUUUUAUAACUGAUUAAUUAAUAGCGUGUAUACAUGCUGUCUUGCUUCAGAUCUUUCUCCCUCCAGCUCCAAGUUCGAUCAAAUUGGUGGUGCAGUGCUUUUAAACACAUAAGGACAGAAUGUUUUUUCACACUUCCAGAUGUGGAUUAUGCAGCUAAAAUAAAAAAAGUUAUAUUUGUUAUCACUACUGGUGUGUGAGCCAUAAAUAGUGGAAAGCACACCACAAAAAACUCUUAUAUACUAUUUAGUUUUGUUUUCA